CUCGUCCCACGCCAUUGCCCUCGCACGCUCAAGUAUUCUUCAUACUCCUCUUCUCUUCUAUUCCUCUCCUCUUCUCUUCCUCUUCUUGUGUCUUGUUCUCUCUCCUGUGCUCCAGAGACUAGCUGGUUGGAUUGGGUUGAGAUACCAGGGGAAAAGAGCGAUCGAUCGAUGGACCCAUGGAUCAGCAACCAGCCUUCCCUGAGCCUCGACCUGCACGUCGGCCUGCCGCCCCUGAGCCACUGCCAGGCGCCGGCGGUGGUAACGUUGGCCAAAACCAAGAUACUCGUCGAGGAGAACUUCCUCCCUCUCAAGAAAGACCCAGAGGUCGCGGCUCUUGAGACGGAGCUGCAGCGGAUGAGCGAGGAGAACCGGCGCCUGAGCGAGGCGCUGAAGGUUGCUGCGGCAGAGUACGAGGCGCUGCGGCGCCAGUACACCGAGAUGGUCGCCAACAGUGGCGGGAACCCGUCGUCCACGUCGGAGGGCGGGUCGGUGUCGCCGUCAAGGAAGCGCAAGAGCGAGAGCCUCGACACCGCGCCGGCGCCGGCGCACCCGCACCUGCACCAGCAGCCGGGACUCGCCGCGGACCAGAUGGAGUGCACCUCCGGCGAGCCGUGCAAGCGCAUCCUGGAGGAGUGCAAGCCCAAGGUCUCGAAGCGCUACGUCCACGCCGACCCCUCCGACCUCGGCCUGGUGGUGAAAGACGAGUACCAGUGGAGGAAGUACGGGCAGAAGGUCACCAAGGACAACCCCUGCCCCAGAGCCUACUUCAGAUGCUCGUUCGCCCCAGCCUGCCCGGUCAAGAAGAAGGUGCAGAGAAGCGCCGAUGACAACACCAUACUCGUGGCGACAUACGAGGGCGAGCACAACCACGGCCAGCCUCCGCCGGCGCAGCCCCAGCAGCACUACAGCUCCGGCGCCAGCAAGAACGCCGCGAAGCCGCCUUCGCCGCAGGCGCCAGCUGCCCCGGUGCCUCACCAGCCCCACCCCCAGCAGCAACGGCAGCAGCAAGACGUUGCUAGCGGCGAACCCGUGGGGGCGGCCGCGGCGGCGUCGGAGCUGAUCAGGCGGAACCUGGCGGAGCAGAUGGCGAUGACGCUGACGAGGGACCCCAGCUUCAAGGCGGCGCUCGCCACCGCGCUCUCCGGCCGGAUCCUCGAGCUCUCACCGACCAAGAAUUAACAGAUCGAUAUCAUCACAGGAGAUGCUCGCGGAUUGCUCAAUUUUUCUUGCCUCUUGCAGCAAUGGUCAAUUGACCACUAAAAUUGCUGCCUGCCUCUGUUCUUGCGAAAGACAGCAAGAACAAAGCUGAUCAGUGGCUAGAGGCCGCCACUAAAAUUAAGCUUCAGGAACGCUGUAUAUAGAUUUGAUUUACAAGAGGAAUUACACGAGUGAUGAAAGAUUAAACGACGAUUCCGGGGAGGAGGAGGAGGCUGGAGAUGACCGUUUUUGGAGCGGAUCAAAGAUGAUCAUGAUGGCUGAUCUGAUCACCAGCGUGGUCUGGUCAGUCACCCCGUGAUCAAGCGUCUCGACAAGAUGUUUAUUUUAACAUGCAAAAUGCAAGGACGAAUAGAACAAGAAGUGUACAAUCACUGUAGGCAAGAUGUUUCAUCCAAUUCACCAUUCUAUGAAAUCAAGUCGUUUAGCAUU